AUGUUUGCAUUCCGCCUUGCAGUUGCUGUGCUGCUCGGCCUGGUGGCAGCAGGCGUGAGCGGUGCCAAGCAAAACGUCGUUCGAGUACAGAUCCUGAGCAAGGUGGACGAAGAAUUGGGAGUGUACUGGAUCAACACGUGGAGCAAGGGGGCCCUGGUGAAGCAGAAGGAGGAGCCGAUCGUGCCCAAUGGGAGCCUGAACGUGGACUCGUACUACGGCCACAGCUUCCUCGUCGUCGACGAUCAGCACGCGGAGGGCCUGACGAACUACAAGCCCGAGCUAUGGAACCCCAAGAUCAUGGCCAUGUUCACAAUGGGGGAGUUCGACCUCGAGGUGACCGUUUCCCGAGAUGCGAAAGGAAACCUCGUGCACGUGGCGGAGAGCGCGAUGACCCGCACCACAAGACUCAUGGAAACAGCCUCAAAGGUGUGCCGCCGGAGCCCCGAGGUCGUCAAGGCGACUGCGAAGCGGAAGGGGCUGGCCGCGGCGGAGGGCUCCUGUACCAUCGCCGGCGCCCAGGGCGAGGAUGAGAUGAUCCCGGAGUUCGCGGAGUGCCUGACCAAGGCUAUCGCGCAGGACCUGGCCAAGAAGGAGACGGAGGCGAACAAGAGCAUGCGCAUGCUGGAGGUGGUGGGGGACAGGGCGAGGAACUACACGUGCGCCGACCCCGAGAUGGAGACGACGAACAGCAGCCUGCCGUCCGUGAAGUGGCAGGACCCGGAGGGGGGGCUCACGUACAACGCUCAGGUGUUCCUGGAUGACCCAGCGGCCAAGAUUUACCUUGUGGACAACUUCGCCACCGACAAGGAAUGCAAGGCUCUCAUGGACCACGCCAGCCCCCACCUACAGGACGCGACCGUCAACGGAGGUGCGGGAAAGGCCACCCUCUCGCAGGCCAGGCGAGCCAAGGCCGGCGGCGUGGGUGCGGACCUGAACAACAAGAAUUCCGUCACUGCACCGCUUUACAGGCGGGGAUACGGCUUCGCGAACCACGUGACGGGAUACAAGCUGGACAUGGACGGCCAGGAAGGGUAUAGCGUCAUCAAAUACGGCUCCGAUGACGAGUACCGGCCACACUGCGACGGCGACUGCACGGGAGCGGAGUUCCGACCAGGCGGGCGUGUGGCCACCAUGGUAAUCUACUGCGAGCAAGCUACGGUAGGGGGAGGGACGACCUUCAGCUCCUCGGACGUGUUCAUCAACGGCAAGAAAGGACAGGCGGCGUUCUUCUCGUACCUUGGUCCCGACAACAAGACCGACAAGGGGCGGACUCGUCAUUCCGGCUGCCCAAUCAUCGAGGGCACCAAGUGGAUCGCCACGCUGUGGAUGAGGAUGGGGGUCACCGCGGAGAAGUCUUGGCAGCACUACGACCCCUCGGGGCUGCCCUCUGCGUACGCUCUGGCGCAAGCAAAGAGCGGGGUCUCAGCGACGGACGCAGCCAGCGUGGAGGCCCAGCACAGCGCUGUCGACGGCCGGAAGGCCCGGGAGGCGUUUGCUCGCGGCGUGCGUAUAUAGCUUGGUUGUAUUUUUGGGUAACAAUGGGGGGGGGGGGGGGGGGGGGCGAUAUUCACGCGUAGACGCAAACAGCGGUUCCAUUGAUGUAAAGUAGUGUAGUACUUCGAAGUAGUGUUUUUUGGCACUGUAGCUCAAGACGUUUUCCGCCUUGCCUUGUACAAGCUUCUUUUUGCGUUAUACCAAAACCAAGAGAAAACCUGAGUUUAAGGAUUCCGCUGUCAACCAUCGACUU